UGCUCUGCUUCAGCCAGAAUGGUGAGGCUCCGUAUUUCCAGCACCGCCAUUGCAGUUUUCGUUGUGAUCCAGACUGGUUUCUUGCUUUUUAUGUAUGCUCAACACAGUGGUUUCCUGAUGUCUUCAUCUGUGGAGAAGCCGGCCCAGGCGCACGUCCUCAUCCUGUCGUCUUGGAGGUCGGGGUCUUCCUUCGUGGGUCAGCUCUUCAGCCAGCACCCCGACGUCUUCUACUUGAUGGAGCCCGCCUGGCAUGUGUGGGCCGCCAUGCAGCAAAACAGUGCGCAGGUCUUGCGCAUGGCCGUGCGGGACCUUGUCCACUCCGUCUUCCGGUGCGACAUGUCUGUCUUUGAUGCCUACAUGCCUUGGAACAGAAACUUGUCAGAUCUUUUUCAGUGGGCAGUGAGUCGGGCAUUGUGCACAAAUCCUGCUUGUGAAUACUUCCAGCGCACAGAGAUUACAAGCGAAAGUGCUUGCAAGACCCUCUGUGGCAAGUACCCCUUCAGCAAAGUGGAGGAGGCCUGCAAGACCUACAGCCACGUGGUCCUGAAGGAAGUCCGCUUCUUUGACCUCAAGGUGCUCUAUCCUCUCCUCACCGACCCCUCCCUGAACCUCAAAAUCAUCCACUUGAUCCGCGACCCCCGAGCUGUUGUGAAGUCUCGGGAGCAAUCAGCCAAAGCUCUGGCCCGUGACAAUGGGAUCGUCCUGGGCAUGAAUGGCAUUGAAGUGGAAGACGGCCAGUACAAAGUCCUACAGGAGAUCUGUAGAAGCCAUGUUCAGAUUUAUGAGACAGCUAUGCUGAAACCUCCAGGUUUUCUGAAAGAGCGUUACUUGAUGAUCCGCUUCGAAGAUCUUGUAAGAGAUCCCUUAGCAGAAAUUACAGCAAUGUAUAAAUUUACAGAUCUCCACUUGACCCAAAAACUUGAAAACUGGAUCUAUAAUAUCACUCAUGGGCAAGGGCCAAGUAGGAAGAGAGAAGCCUUCCUCAUCACCUCUCGAGAUGCAGCCAAUGUCUCACAGGCAUGGAGAAAUGUUCUGUCAUUUCAGAAAGUCAGGAGAGUGCAAGAUGUUUGCAAAGGUGCAUUGAAUCUACUUGGCUAUCAGCUUGUGGAUUCUGAGAAAGAGCAAAAAGAUUUGUCAUUAGAUCUGGUGUUGCCACAUCAAAGAAACCAAUUCACCUGGGCAUCUUUUAGUGAAAAUUAGAUGAAGUAUUACAGUAUCUGUAUUCUUUUAUUCAUUUCCCAGGUAUCUGGUAAAGAUUGGGCUUCAUUGUCGAAUCCUGGGCUUCUAGUAAUUGCUCCUAGUAUGUUGCCACUUACCUAAACUGGAACACACAGUACCAAGGGCUGAAACUUGGUUUGCAGAUGUUGCCGCCUGGCUCAGUUGUUCUGAGUUGUACCCCAGUGUAAUGUAAUGUAAUCAAAGAAUGGCAUAGUUUCUACCAUUUUCAGUUAUUAUCAAUGCAUAACAUCCAGAAAAAGCAUUAUAUUGCACAUAAUGCUUCAAUACAAGCGAA